AGCAACCACCCGGGGUGCCAGGGCACCGGAGCCGCCGGGAUGAGCGCCAGUGUGGGCGGUGGGGACAGUGUCAGCAGCAGCAGCAGCAGCUCACUGGCUUCCGGCGGGCCCGAGUCCUCAAGCUCUGAACUAGCCCCGGCUGUGCCAGCCCCGCGGAUGCUGCAGGGGCUGCUGGGAUCUGACGAUGAGGAGCAGGAGGACCCUAAGGACUACUGCAAGGGUGGCUACUACCCUGUGAAGAUCGGGGACCUGUUCAAUGGGCGGUACCACGUGGUGCGCAAACUGGGCUGGGGCCACUUCUCCACCGUCUGGCUCUGCUGGGACAUCCAGCGCAAGCGCUUCGUUGCCCUGAAAGUGGUUAAGAGCGCAGGGCAUUACACGGAGACAGCUGUGGAUGAGAUCAAGCUCCUGAAAUGUGUCCGAGACAGUGACCCCAGUGACCCCAAAAGAGAGACCAUUGUUCAGCUCAUCGAUGACUUCAGGAUCUCAGGGGUUAAUGGAGUCCAUGUGUGCAUGGUGCUAGAGGUCCUAGGCCACCAGCUCCUCAAGUGGAUCAUCAAGUCCAACUACCAGGGCCUGCCUGUGCCCUGCGUGAAAAGCAUUGUGAGACAGGUGCUAAAUGGCCUGGACUACCUCCACACCAAGUGCAAGAUCAUCCACACAGACAUCAAGCCUGAAAACAUCCUGCUGUGUGUGGGUGACACCUAUAUCAGGCGCCUGGCUGCUGAGGCCACAGAGUGGCAGCAAUCAGGGGCCCCACCCCCAUCCCGCUCCACAGUCAGCAAUGCCCCCCAGGAGGUCUGGCCAGGUAAGCUGUCGAAAAACAAGAGAAAGAAGAUGAGGCGUAAAAGGAAACAGCAGAAGUGGCUGCUGGAGGAGCGACUGCGUGACCUGCAGAGGCUGGAGGCCUUGGAGGCAGCAGCCCAAGCCGAGGACUCUGGCUCAAGACUAGAGGGGGGCAGCGGCUCCACCUCAUCUUCUGGCUGCUACCUUGCGGGGGCCAGGGCCGGCCCCUCCCCAGCUUCCUCCUCCCCUGCCCAGGGUGGAGACCGAAGCCUCAGCUCAGGCUCCCAGACCUCAGGCUUCUCCGGCUCCCUUUUCUCUCCUGCCUCAUGCUCCAUCCUCUCAGGCUCAUCCAACCAGCGGGAGACUGGGGGCCUCCUGUCGCCCAGCACACCAUUUGGUGCCUCGAACCUCCUGGUGAACCCCCUAGAACCCCAAAAUGCAGACAAGAUCAAGAUCAAGAUCGCAGACCUGGGCAACGCCUGCUGGGUGCACAAACACUUCACUGAGGACAUACAGACGCGGCAGUACCGGGCCUUGGAGGUGCUGAUUGGUGCCGAGUAUGGGCCCCCAGCUGACAUCUGGAGCACAGCAUGCAUGGCCUUUGAACUAGCCACUGGCGACUACCUGUUUGAGCCCCACUCUGGAGAAGACUACAGUCGUGACGAAGACCACAUUGCCCACAUCGUAGAGCUUCUGGGAGACAUCCCCCCAGCCUUCGCCCUCUCAGGCCGCUACUCCAGGGAGUUCUUCAACCGGAGAGGAGAGCUACGACACAUCCACAAUCUCAAGCGCUGGGGCCUAUACGAGGUGCUCAUAGAGAAGUACGAGUGGCCCCUGGAGCAGGCCACUCAGUUCAGCGCCUUCCUGCUGCCCAUGAUGGAAUACAUCCCCGAAAAGCGGGCCAGUGCGGCCGACUGCCUCCAGCACCCUUGGCUCAACCCCUAGGGCCUGUUGGCUCCUUCCUGAACCCUCACCUCUGAGUGCCUUCAGGGAGAGUGAGACAAGUGCCAUCCUGCUGGGGCUGCCCUCUCCCACCCUGCGGGUAUAGGCUCACACUGCCCCAUGGCUGAACAGGCAUGCUGGGGCUAGGCCUGCCUGUGGAAAUUUGUUCUGCCCCGACCCUCAGAGAGGGCUCUGUGAGUGAGAAGUGUGUUUCUUUUCUUAAUAAAGUGUGAACUCAAACACCCGCA